GUCCAUGGGGCGGGAGCGCGAGUCCGCGGUGGUGGCUGGGCGCUCAGUGAAGACGCCAUUCCGCCACGAAAACGCCCGCGACGCCGCUCCGCGGUGGGGCGAGGCGGGCUGGCCGGACCUGCGAAGCCCCACGAGCUCGGCGCCGGCUGGCUGCGGCCUUGCUCUGCCUCCCCGGCCUGGCCGCGAGGCUCCCGCAAGCCGGCAUCCGCUAGCACCGGGGCCGACCCGACUCUCUCGGGCCUCAGACGGCGAGGGCCGUGGAAAACUCCGGUGCGGCCUCUUCCCCGGAAGUCCCCCAGUGGGCUCCGGCCGCUCUGGCCCGCGCGCGCCCGGCUCGCUGGUGCCCUGGGCGGCGCCCGGCCGCUGGCGCUUCUCCGGCGCUAGGGGGCGCGCGGCCGCGGUGGAGCCGCACUGGGCCGCGGCGGCCGCUCGACUGCUCUGAGACGCGGUCCGGACGCGCACCGCCCCCGCCCGCGUUCCCCCGGCAACCUGCGGCCGCCGCCAUGGACGCGCUGUUGGGCACAGGGCCUCGCCGGGCUCGCGGCUGCCUGGGCGCGGCUGGACCCAGGUCUUCAGGCCGCGCGGCGCGGACCCCGGCGGCGCCCUGGGCGCGCUUCUCCGCCUGGCUGGAGUGCGUGUGCGUGGUCACCUUCGACCUGGAGCUGGGCCAGGCGCUGGAGCUGGUGUAUCCAAAUGACUUCCGGCUCACAGACAAGGAGAAAAGCAGCAUCUGCUACUUGUCUUUUCCUGACUCACACUCAGGCUGCCUUGGAGACACUCAGUUCAGCUUCCGCAUGCGCCAGUGUGGAGGGCAGAGGAGCCCCUGGCAUGCCGACGAUAGGCACUACAACAGCAGGGCCCCCGUGGCACUGCAGAGGGAGCCGGCGCACUACUUUGGCUACGUGUACUUCAGACAGGUGAAGGACCGCUCCGUGAAGAGGGGCUACUUCCAGAAGUCUUUGGUGCUGGUGUCCCGCCUGCCCUUUGUCCGGCUGUUCCAGGCGCUGCUAAGCCUCAUUGCCCCUGAGUACUUUGACAAGCUGGCGCCCUGCCUGGAAGCAGUGUGCAGUGAGAUCGACCAGUGGCCGGCGCCUGCACCUGGGCAGACCCUGAACCUACCUGUCAUGGGCGUUGUUGUCCAGGUGCGCAUCCCAUCCAGGGUGGACAAGUCCGAGUCCAGUCCUCCGAAGCAGUGUGAUCAAGAGAACCUGCUGCCAGCCCCAAUGGUUCUUGCUAGCGUCCACGAGCUGGACCUGUUCAGGUGCUUCCGGCCCGUGCUGACUCACGUGCAGACACUGUGGGAGCUUGUGCUCCUUGGGGAGCCCCUGCUGGUCCUGGCACCCUCGCCCGACGUGUCCUCAGAGAUGGUGCUGGCCUUGACCAGCUGCCUGCAGCCCCUCAGGUUCUGCUGCGACUUCCGUCCCUACUUCACCAUCCAUGACAGCGAGUUCAAGGAGUUCACCACACGCACGCAGGCCCCACCAAACGUGGUCCUGGGAGUCACAAACCCUUUCUUUAUCAAAACACUCCAGCACUGGCCCCACAUCCUCCGAGUCGGGGAGCCCAAGAUGUCAGGAGACCUUCCUAAGCAAGUCAAGCUGAAAAAGCCUUCAAGGUUGAAGACCCUGGACACUAAGCCAGGUCUGUGUUCCCCUCGACCUGGAGCCCCUCCACGGUGGAGGGGCCUGUCUUGUACCUGGUGGGUCUCCCGGGUGGGGCAGCCCAGCCUCCCGACCCCUGCUCCUCUCCCAGGACUCAGCAGCAGAGCCCAGACCCCUCAGCCCGGUCCCCCGACCCCUGCUCCUCUCCCAGGACCCAACAGCAGAGCCCAGACCCCUCAGCCCGGCCCCCCGACCCCUGCUCCUCUCCCAGGACUCAGCAGCAGAGCCCGGACCCCCUCAGCCCGGCCCCCCGACCCCUGCUCCUCUCCCAGGACUCAGCAGCAGAGCCCGGACCCCUCAGCCCGGCCCCCCGACCCCUGCUCCUCUCCCAGGACUCAGCAGCAGAGCCCGGACCCCUCAGCCCGGCCCCCGACCCCUGCUCCUCUCCCAGGACUCAGCAGCAGAGCCGGACCCCUCAGCCCGGCCCCCCGACCCCUGCUCCUCUCCCAGGACUCAGCAGCAGAGCCCGGACCCCUCAGCCCGCCCCCCGACCCCUGCUCCUCUCCCAGGACUCAGCAGCAGAGCCCGGACCCCUCAGCCCGGCCCCCCGACCCCUGCUCCUCUCCCAGGACUCAGCAGCAGAGCCCGGACCCCUCAGCCCGGCCCCCCGACCCCUGCUCCUCUCCCAGGACUCAGCAGCAGAGCCCGGACCCCUCAGUCCGGCCCCCCGACCCCUGCUCCUCUCCCAGGACUCAGCAGCAGAGCUCGGACCCUCGGACCCUCGGGGAGGGGGCGCCUUCUUGUCUUCUUCAGUGGGUCCCUGUGUCUGGGGUGGGGUGGGUGAGAUUUUCAGGUGCAGCCAAGGGCAUGGGGCUGCAGGCAGAUGAGACCCCCACCCUGGCUCCUCUGUGGGGCUGCAGGAGUGUGGGAGGGGGGCCCUUGAAGGGCGGGGCGCCAGCUGUGCCCUCCCGCCAGGCCUCUACACCGCGUACACAGCCCACCUCCACCGCGACAAGGCGCUGCUUAAACGGCUGCUCAAGGGCGUGCAGAAGAAGCGGCCAUCAGAUGUGCAGAGCGCCCUGCUGCGGCGGCACCUCCUGGAGCUCACCCAGAGCUUCAUCAUCCCUCUGGAGCACUACAUGGCCAGCCUCAUGCCCCUGCAGAAGAGCAUCACGCCCUGGAAGACUCCCCCCCAGAUCCGGCCCUUCAGCCAGGAGGACUUCCUGCGUAGCCUGGAGCAUGCCGGGCCCCAGCUCACCUGCAUCCUCAAGGGCGACUGGCUGGGUCUCUACAGGGUCAGCCCUGUGGCCCUGCCUGUCCGUCCCCAGGGUCAGCCCCGGGGCCCUGCCUGUCAAUCCCCACAGGCGGUUUUUCAAGUCCCCCCAUUUUGACGGCUGGUACCGGCAACGGCACAAGGAGAUGGCCCUGAAGCUGGAGGCCCUGCACCUGGAGGCUAUUUGUGAGGCGAACAUUGAGACCUGGAUGAAAGACAAGUCCGAGGUGGAGGUCGUGGACCUGGUCCUGAAACUUCGUGAGAAGCUGGUGCGGGCUCAGGGCCACCAGCUCCCUGUGAAGGAGGCAACGCUGCAGCGGGCCCAGCUGUACAUCGAGACGGUCAUCGGCUCCCUGCCCAAAGACCUGCAGGCCGUCCUGUGCCCUCCCUAGGACAGAGCCAAGGGCCACGGUCCCAGGGUCCUAGGUCUGCCUGAGCCUCCUGCUCCCCAGUGGCGGCGGCACUGGGCCAAGCACACGCUCCCCUUCCUUGGCCCCCCGCCCAGACUGCAGGCUCCUCCAUUGUCUCAGCAGUAAAGGCGACAUUUGGAACCACAGCAUGGCCCUGACCGUAGGGAUUCCGUGCAGGCGGAGCCUUGCCUCCUCCUGGGCCCCACCUGGCCUCCACAGACCUUAGGCUGGGACUGGGGCGGGGACAGGCUGGGAGCCCUCGCUGAUGUGGGUGCGUCUACCGUCUGCCCCUCCCGGUGCCCAUCUGUUGGCCCCCAAGCCCCCUGCACUGUGUGUGGUGGUUCCUUCAGCCCAACAGGCUGCCCAGGACAGGAGGGACCCUCUCCUGACCAGCCACCGAUUCGUCUUAUCUGGGGAUGGGAGGCUGUUUUGCACACCGUCAUCAACUUGAGAAGGAGAGAGACUGCUUUGCAGUGUGAAGAGCUCUGCCCACCACCCCUGAUGCCCCUCUGGGCCCCCACCUGCUUGGGGCUGUGGUUUGUUGGGAGGUAGGGGUUGGGCAGGGGGCGGUGUGGGGCCCAGCACCUCUGCUAGGAGAGCUGGCUCAGCCUGGCCCUCAGAGGGUCCACAGCACCUUCCUGGUUCCCAGUCCUGGAGCCCCCACCAUGCGCCAGCUCCAUAUGUCCCUCCUGGGAGGUGGACAAGGCUCCUGUCGUCCAAGUGUGUCCGUCCAUGCCCCACAUGCAGCCCAAGGGGCUCUGGACUUCGGCUUGACCCUGCCUUUGGCUGAAGCCUGCAUGUCUCCCUUUCCUUGGUAAGGGGUGAAGAUCCCUAAGAGCCACCUCUGGGUCAUGUGCUCCCCCUGUGACACCUGCAGGCACUGAGGCCCAUGGGUACGGUGUUGGCACUGCGCAGCACACGGUGACGGUACUGUCAGGGCUCCGGACAGCCAAGCCCCGCUCAGCAUCACACACUGUGUGCCCAGGAAUAGGUCCCCUGACCACUCAGACCCUCAGACUCCUUGCCUGAGCGACCCAGCAGUGCAGAUGCCCGACAUGGUGCUGGGAGGGUCACUCAUGGAGAAUGGGCUUUGUACCCUGCGAAGCCGGGCAGGUGCUGGCCAGGGGACACAGGGCUGGGGGAAGGACUUUUCUUUUUCUUCUGAGGCCCCCAUUCAGUCUGUAGAAGGUAGCCUUCGUUCAGCACGCGUGCGCAAUGUACUGUUUGUGUUCUCAUUGGUGGUCUCGGACCACAUCCUCCAGCCAGGCGGUGUAGAGUGAGCACUGCCAGCCACUUCAGUGCAGGGCGUGACCGAGCCACGAGGACAGCGGGGUCAGGUGUCUGGACGACAGGUAGUUCUCAGAACUUGGUACAUGUCAACUUGUCCAGCCAGACUGCGCCUAGGACAGCCUGUCCCUGUCACCAUUCUACAGACAAGGACACAGAGGCAGCCGGGAGGGUGACAAAGGGGAGCUGUCGAGCCCAGAUGUCUGGUGCAGGGUCCAAGGACGUGACCACGUUAAACAGAACACGUAGAGGCUGAGGCGGCAAACCUGUUCUGUGGCGGGGCAAGCCGGGGACCUGAGGGUGAGAAAGGUCCCGGCCUCAAAUUCUGCUUGGGCCUCCCAACUGUAGCAUGGGGGGACCAGCCUCCCUACUGAGGGCUUGGUCUCUAGAGGGUCUGCAGAGAUGCUGGCACCUCCUGUGUGACCAGCUUGAACACUGACCUCCGUAAGAUGGGGCCUGGGGGCCAGUAUAGGCCCUGCCAUCAGCUGCCCUCCACCAGGGCCCUCUGCAAAAGCCUUGUGCUGGUGGCCCGUCCCCUGAGUACCACCACUUCAAGGUGUCGAGGAAGCUUGGGAAGACAAUCCGCCCCUCUCACAACUGUGGCCCCCCUUUGGGGAGUGCACCCCAAGGACCACGGUGGCAUGUGCUUCCCCACACCACAGUCUCACCUCAUGGCUUUCUGAGGGCUGCCCCACAGCACAGAGGGCUGCAGACCCACAGGGCUGCAGGGAGGAGCUUCAGGCUAGUCUCCGAACCCCCCAGGGACCCUGGCCACUGUCUGUCCAGAAACGCACAAGCAGAUUUCCCUGGAGGGCUCUGGUAAGGCCACAUAGGUGGGCGGGUGGGAGACUUGGUGGGGGGCACUGGGCCAGGCGGCCAGCAUUGCCCUGGGCAGAAGCCAAGGCUAAGGUGGAGGGUAGUGUCCCAGCCCCUCUUCCUCAGGGCCUGUCCCCACCUAUGCAGAAGAGGCCUGGGGUGGAAUGUGGCCUGGGGUGAAUGGGUGAGGGCUGGGCAUGGAGAUCUGCCAGCUCCAUCUGUCCCGAUGCCUCUUGUGGCCCCCCAGUGUCAAGGCCGCUCUGAGUUGGCUGAGCCUCUGUCCAGGGCUGGGCCAUGGCCCUCCCCUCCCCACGCACACCAGGCCAGGGGCAGGCAGUGAAGAGACAGGAAGGCCCAGAAAGCUCUACCCCUGGCCACAGUGCCAGCCCCCGCAGGCAAGAGGGCUUGCUGGGCAGAACUGUUGGCAAGGGUGAGGACUGCUGUGGUUACAGGCCUCCUGAAGGACAGGGACCACAGAACCCAGAGGGUGGAGAGAGCUGGGAGCAGGUCUGGAGUGGGGCUGGGGGCUGAGGAUGCACACAGGGCGUGCUCAGGGACAGGAAGGACAGCUGCUCAGCCUCAAGCUUCCUGCUGGCUAUUUAAAGACUCCCUUUUGGUCUAGAACAGAGGCCUUCCCACGGCUUUGGUAUUAAAAUGUCCUUUUGUGACA